AUGACAAGCAGAGAGACGCAAACAUCACCAUCCCGGCACAGCACCCUGCAAUCAUCGCAUAAUUCCACCGGCUUGCGGAUCAUUCUCGACGAUGAGGACAGAUACGACGUGGCCGAUGUUUUAGAAAGCAACAGAGGUUCCGGAGCAAACGAACCCGGUAGAUCUCCAGAUGAGAAAGACCUGAUAGUGGGUUGGGACGGCCAAGAUGAUCCGGAAAUGCCCCAGAACUUCCCCGCGUGGAGGAAGUGGGUGAUCACCGUAAUGCUAGGACUGAUGACAGUCUGCAUUACGUUCGGCUCUUCGGUCUUCAGCACAUCAACAAAACAGACUGCCGAAAAGUUCGGCGUCUCCGCAGAAGUCAUGGUAUUAGGUGUCAGUUUGUUCGUGCUGGGCUUCGCAUUUGGCCCUAUCAUCUUCGGGCCCCUGUCUGAACUGUAUGGCAGGAAGCGACCGAUGUUUCUGGGAAUAUUUGUCUUCGCAAUCUUUCAGAUCCCCGUCGCAGUAGCCCAGAACUUGCAGACUAUAUUCGUAUGUCGCUUCCUGGGCGGAAUCUUUGCUAGUGCGCCUCUUGCCAUUGUAUCCGGAAUCAUGGCCGAUAUGUUCGAGCCUGUAGAGCGAGGAAUCGCAAUGGCUAUCUUUGCCGCGGCAACCUUCAUCGGCCCGGUAGCUGGGCCAGUAGUCGGCGGGUUCUACAUUACAGCUAUUUGGGCAUUUGCCAUAUCUGGCAUCGGGAUCCUGGUAAUCCCCGAGACGUUCGAGGGGACGUUACUGACGAGGCGCGCCAAACAACUGCGCACCAAGACCAAGAAUUGGGCUCUCCAUGCAAAGGCAGAAGAGAAAGUGGUGAGACCUAGAGAUAUUGCGGUACGAUAUAUCCUGCGUCCGUUUCAGAUGCUCAUGCAGGAACCCAUUCUUCUUCUUAUUACCGUGUACGUGGGUUUCAUCUAUGGGUUUCUGUAUACUUGUUUCAUCGCCUACCCGAUCUCCUUCCAAGAAGACCGUGGCUGGGAUGAUGGCGUUGGGGCAUUGCCAUUCGUCGCGAUAAUUUGUGGAGUCUUCUGCGCUUGUUUGAUUAUCAUUGCGUUUUCAUUGACGCGAUAUCGAACGUUCAUACGCCGCAAUGGCCGAGUCCAGCCAGAGAAACGGUUGGUUCCUAUGAUUAUUGGAGGUAUCUUAUUGCCCGCGGGCAUGUUUUGGUUUGGCUGGACGUCAAAUCCCCACAUCAAUUGGAUUCCCCAGGCUGUAUCGGGGGGCUUCUUGGGUUGUGGAGUGCUGUUGAUCUUCUUGCAGGGACUUAACUAUCUCGUCGACGUGUAUCCCAUGUAUGCCAAUUCUGCAAUGGCAGCAAACUCCUUCUUUCGUUCAUGGCUGGGGGCUGGAUUUCCUAUGUUCGCAUCGCCAAUGUUUCACAACCUGGGUGUCCCUUGGGCGAUGACUUUGUUGGGUUGUCUCACCGCCGCAUUGUUCCCUGUGCCAAUUGUGUUUUUCAUGUAUGGCCCGAAGAUACGGUCAUGGAGUACGUUUACUAUGAAGGAAGAGUGA